AUGGAUGCACAGAUUUCCAUUAACCUAAACUGGGGGAUGAUGUUCCUCAUUCAGACCACUGCUGGAAUCCUAGCCAAUUCCUUCCUGUUUCGUCUGUAUACCUUUCCACUGUUCACUGAACAAGUGGUGAGACCCACAAGCUUGAUUCUCAGUCAGCUGGUCAUAUGUAACAAUCUGGUUCUUUUCUCCAAAGGUAUCCCUCAGACAGUGGCCACUUUUGGGUUGACAUUUUUCCUGGAGGAGUCUGGGUGCAAAGUUAUUUUCUACAUACACAGAGUGGCCAGAGGGGUCUCCCUCAGCACCACCUCCCUCCUCAGUGGCUUUCAGGCCAUUAAGCUUCACCCCAACACUUGUGGGUGGCUAAACCUCAGAAUUAGAUCCCCAAAGUGCAUUGGCACCUGCUGUUUCCUUUGCUGGAUCCCACAGCUUGUGCUCAACAUCCCUGUUUCCAUGACUAAAACUGUCCCCCAAAAUAGCAAAAACCUGAGUGCUAAAGGAUUCUACAGAUACUGUUCCUCAACUAUGCCUGAGAAAUUAACUUUCUUACUAAAAGCAGUGAUUUUAUCCCUAAGUGAUAUUACGUGUCUGGUCAUCAUGGCCUGGGCCAGUGGCUCCAUGAUCCUUGUCCUUCGUAAGCACAAGCAUCGAGUCCAGCACAUCCAUAGCCACAGCCUCUCCCCAAGGCCUUCCCAUGAGGACAGAGCCACACGAACCAUCCUGAUCCUGGUGACCAUGUUUCUCUCCUUUUACUCUGUAGCUUCCAUGUUAUCACUUUGGCUAACUCAGACUGUGAACCCAAGCCAUUGGCUACUGAACACCUCUGUUCUGCUGUCACUGGGCUUCCCAGCACUCAGCCCCAUUGUGUUCAGUGUCAACAAUAUUUGUGUCCCUCAUUUCUGCUCUGUCUUUUGGACAAAGAAAGCAGAUGGUCUAACUAUGGUCUCUGAGGUUGUAGUCGCCUCCAGGACAUGA